AUGCCGUUUACGCCCCCUCCGGGAUCAAAUAAAGAGCCAAAACCGCAAUCGUACCGUCACAACAGCUUUGACUUACUCGACACUCAGUUUGAAGACUCUCUGGACGCUGCUUUAGAGUCCUUGCAACUAAAUACCACAGGCAGCGUCAACGGUGAAGACAUUGAGAUGAAAAGCAUACGCGGAAUUGAUGAGCUCAAUAGUCACGCCCGUCUAAAUUCAGACACUGAGCCACUUAUGAAUGCGGGUCAGAAUCUCCCUGGGUCAUGGUCACGAAGCCCACACAAUCGUCACAGGGCUACUAAUGGGUCUUCUUUCUGGUCUAGACUUUCUGGGCUUGUGCGGUCGACAAACGAGAGUAAUUCGCCCAAAUACACCAACAGCCCUAUAGAACUAAAAGACCAGCAGCUUGAGCGAGAGAUUCACCCAGGGACAACUCCGAUCUAUGAUAGAAACAAAUACGUCCCUAAUGCCAUUUCCAAUGCAAAAUAUAACCCGGUUACUUUCAUCCCCAUUAUAUUGUAUGAACAGUUCAAGUUCUUUUUCAACCUUUAUUUCCUGGUAGUGGCGCUUUCGCAAGCUAUCCCGCAACUGCGAAUUGGGUAUCUAUCUUCAUACAUUGUACCCCUUGCGUUUGUUCUGACCGUUACUAUGAGCAAAGAAGCACUCGAUGAUAUUCAAAGGAGACGCAGAGAUAAUGAGUCCAACAAUGAAAUGUACGAAGUACUGAGUAAAUCCCAGCUGGUGCCCAGCAAGGAUUUGAAAGUUGGAGACCUCAUCAAAAUAGGCAAAGGAGCCAGAGCUCCUGCCGAUCUCGUUCUAUUACAAUCCAGUGAGCCCUCUGGCGAAAUAUUCAUUAAGACAGAUCAGUUAGAUGGCGAAACCGAUUGGAAAUUAAGAAUUGCAUGUCCCUUGACCCAGCAUCUAUCUCAAGACGACCUUCUCAAUAAAAUCAAUCUAACUGCAUCGGUGCCCGAAACUUCUAUUGCUAAUUUCUUAGGGAAGCUUACUUAUAACAACUCACAGUCCCAGCCCUUAUCAGUUGAUAACACCAUGUGGGCGAACACGGUAUUUGCUUCUGCUGGAACCUCAAUUGCAUGCGUUGUUUACACUGGAACAGACACACGCCAAGCUAUGAACACAACAACUUCAAGUGUCAAAACCGGUCUCCUCGAGCUUGAGAUCAACAGCUUAUCUAAAAUUUUAUGCGUGUGCGUUUUUGUACUAUCCGUCACACUCGUCGCAUUUUCUGGUUUUGAUAACAAAGAUUGGUACGUUGAUAUAAUGAGAUACUUGAUCUUGUUUUCGACAAUCAUUCCCGUCUCCUUGAGAGUUAAUUUGGAUCUUGGAAAGUCGGUUUAUGCUCAUCAGAUUGAGCAUGACAAAACGAUACCCGACACAAUCGUGAGAACUAGUACUAUACCUGAAGAUUUAGGACGAAUUGAAUAUUUGUUAACUGACAAGACAGGAACGUUGACACAAAAUGAUAUGGAGCUCAAAAAACUGCAGCUAGACACCGUCUCCUACACAUUGGAAACGAUGGAUAUCGUUACUGAUUAUGUGAGUGCACUUCCAGACCAAUCCGAUCUAUCUGUUCUUCCAAGUGCUGCAAAAAGAGAUAUGUCCACCAGAGUUAGGGACUUGGUAUCGGCGCUUGCGAUCUGUCACCAAGUCACCCCAACCUUUGAAGAUGGAGAGUUGACUUAUCAAGCAGCGUCUCCCGACGAGAUUGCUAUUGUAAAAUUCUCAGAGUCAGUGGGACUUACACUGUUCAAAAGGGAUCGCCAUUCGAUGACUUUGCUGCAUGAUAAAUCCGGGACUUACCUUGAAUAUGAUAUUUUAAAGGUAUUCCCAUUCAACUCUGACAACAAACGAAUGGGUAUUAUUAUAUUCGACAAGCAGAAACAAGAGUAUUGGUUUUUACAAAAGGGUGCGGACGUUGUAAUGAUCAAAAUUGUGCAAAGUAAUGACUGGCUUGAAGAAGAAACUGGAAAUUUAGCUCGCGAAGGGUUGAGAACUUUGGUCGUUGGCCGUAAGAAACUUUCUAAAAAGGCGUAUGAAAGCUUCGAGAAAGAAUAUAAGGACGCUUCUUUGAUGAUGCUCAACCGUGAGGUAUCUAUGAAUAAUGCUGUAAGCAAGCAUUUGGAACAUGACCUAGAGAUUUUAGGGGUCACAGGUGUUGAAGACAAGUUGCAAGACGAUGUCAAGUCCUCGAUUGAACUUUUGCGAAAUGCAGGAAUUAAAAUCUGGAUGUUAACUGGUGACAAAGUGGAGACCGCUCGCUGUGUUUCUAUAAGUGCCAAGCUGGUAUCACGCGGACAGUACGUGCACACAGUAACAAAAGUUAAUAGAAUAGAGGGUGCCCUUGGCCAGUUGGAGCUCUUGAAGGUCAAUCAAAACUCUUGCCUCUUGAUAGAUGGUGAGUCCUUAGGGUUUUAUCUGGACAACUUUAGACAGGAGUUUUUUGAUAUAGUGGUACACUUGCCGGCGGUUAUUGCAUGUCGCUGCACGCCGCAACAAAAAGCGGAUGUGGCUACUUUUAUUCGGGAGGUGACAGGUAGGAGGGUCUGCUGCAUAGGUGAUGGUGGCAACGAUGUGAGCAUGAUCAGAUCUGCCGAUGUUGGAGUUGGAAUUGUAGGCAAAGAAGGAAAGCAAGCUUCUUUGGCUGCUGACUUUUCCAUCACACAAUUCAGCCAUUUAUCCACGCUUUUACUAUGGCAUGGUCGAAACUCUUAUAAAAGGUCAGCUAAGCUGGCUCAAUUCGUUAUCCACAGAGGCCUUCUUAUUUCAGUCUGCCAAGCUGUGUACUCGAUCAGCUCAGAAUUUGAACCAAUUGCGCUUUAUCAAGGUUGGCUUAUGGUUGGAUAUGCUACAUGCUACACAAUGGCUCCUGUUUUUUCGCUGACGCUGGAUCGCGAUAUUGAUCAAUCACUCACCAAAACAUACCCAGAACUGUACAAAGAAUUAACAGCUGGUGUAAGUCUUUCUUACAAAACAUUUUUCGUGUGGGUGGCUCUUUCUCUAUUUCAAGGUUGCAUCAUCCAAGGGUUUUCGCAAGGGCUCACGAGUCUAAAUGAGCUUGAUUUCAAGCGAUUAGUUGCCCUGAGCUUUACGGCACUCAUUUUGAAUGAGCUGAUCAUGGUGGCAAUUGAAAUUUACACCUGGAACAAGACGAUGGUCAUUUCAGAAGUACUUACAUUUUUCAUUUUCGUUGCUUCAGUCCCCUUCCUCAACGAGUACUUUGAUUUGUCCGAAAUGGUUCAACCUUGGUUUUACGGCAAGGUUGCAUUGAUUUUAGGCAUGUCUAUUUUACCAGUAUGGGCUGCCAAAGCCUUGCAUAGAAAGUUGAAUCCUCCCAGUUAUGCCAAAGUUCAACAAUUUUAUUUUAGUGCAUAG